AUGACGCCAGAAAGUGACAUGACGUCUUCUUCCAUGACUCCAGAAAGCACCUGUGACAAUGGCGGCACCCUGGGAACAGGGCCAGUGUGCUUCGCCGUCCGGGUUCUCUGGGGACGGCUGUCAGUUCAGUUGCCUCAACGAGGACAAUUCAGUGGCGAUAACGUCAAGUUGCCAGUUGCCCCAGGCACUUUAUGGUCCUGGUUAUGUAGGAGACUGAAGGUGGGCAUGGAAGUGUCUUGUCGAUUCAGGAGUUCUCGCCGAGCCUCAAUGACAAACACUUCUCAGCCUACAGGGAUUUCAACAAGACCUUCUGGAAUCAGGAAUGGCAGCAUCGUGGUGGACUACCUGGUCCUGCUGGAGCUGCCCUUCAGCACCCAGCUGGUAAGCCAGUACGAGCAGGCGCAGACGACGCUGAAGGAGGCGCUGCAGAAUGCCAGCCAGGAUGCGGACAGCUGCCAGGACUCCCAGACCCUGUGUUUUAAGCCUGACUCCAUCAAGGUGAACAACAACAGCAGGACAGAGCUGACCCCGAAAGCCAUCUGCCGCCGCGCCGCUCCCGCGGGCUAUGAGGAGUUCUACUUCCCCUUGGUGGAGGCCACCAGGCUCCGCUGUGUCACCAAUUGCACGUCGGGCGUGGACAACGCCAUCAACUGUCACCAGGGCCAGUGCGUUCUGGAGAGGAGCGGUCCCACCUGUCGCUGCUACUCCACGGACACGCACUGGUUCUCCGGCCCGCGCUGCGAGGUGGCCAUCCACUGGAGGGCGCUGGUCGGGGGCCUGACGGCGGGCGCCGCGCUGCUGCUGCUGCUGCUGCUACUAGCGCUGGGUGUCUGGGCAGUGCGCUCCGGACUGUGGAGCUGCCAGUACCUAGACCGGUCCUGGGACCAGGACAGGAAAUGGUUCGAGACCUGGGAUGAGGAAGUCGUGGGCACUUUUUCAAACUGGGGUUUCGAGGUCGACGGAACAGACAAGGAUGAAAAUUUCCGUGUGGCCUUGGAGAACGUGGACACCACUAUGAAGGUGCACAUCAAGAGACCCGAGAUGACCUCAUCCUCAGUGUGAGCCCUGUGGGCCCCGUCACCAUCCCCUCUGCCCUGCCUGGGACACAAGGCUCUGCACUGCGUCCAUUUCAAGUGGUGGCCCCAGAACGGGAGCAGCCCAGGCACCUGCUGUUCUUGGGCAAAAUGAGACUGUUCCCCCAAAUCCCAUCCUUGUCUUUCCAACUUGGCUGAAACCCACCAGGAGACACAGUUCAGGUGCAGGCUCUUCCACUGUGGAACCUUGGGCAAGUCAGUAAGGAGCCUCAGUUUCCUCACCUGCAAAAUGGGUACAACAUUCCUGUGUGAUAUCUCACACCAUUGUUGUGUAAACCACAUGGACUUGGUCAAUUCUGGGUCCUACUCUGCCCUCCCGUCUCAGCCCUCAUGUUGCCAUUGCCUCUCUCGGAUCCUCCAAUCCUCAUGUCCUUCGCCUGGUCUCCGGCCCUGGUUCCUAUUUUCUCUCAAUUCCCUACUGCCUGUUUCUUACUUUGAACCUGGAGGCAGCCUGCAGCCCAUCCCAUCUCCUGUCCUCUCCUGAUCUAACUCCCUGCUGUGUCUCUUGCUCUCAUUCCUUAGAUGUCCUCUCCUUCUGACACCGUUCCUUCAAGCAUCCUGCCCCCCAGUCCCCCAGCCCUAAAUCCUCCCUCCUCUCCUCACAUCCUGGUCCCUAGCAAGGUAUAGAUAGCCUCUGUGUCUUAGGGUACCCCAGCUGCUGUUCCCCCCAUCACCCCGUUGCCCAAUUCCCUGUUUCUCUUGCUCUCAUUCCUUGUAUCUUCUCCCCUUCUGAGCCGGUCCAUUAGUUGGUUCUGCCCCCCACUCCCCCUGCCCUAAAUACCCCAGCUGCUGUUCCCCCCAUCACCCUGCUGCCUGAUUCUUUAUUCUCCACCUCUUUCUCUCACCCCUGGAGCCCCGAGGGUGGGGGCAGGGCAUGAGUUCCCCAGUCCCCAAGGAAAGGCAGCCCCCUCAGUCCCCCUCCUCCUCACUCCCUUCGAUCUUCCUCCCCUCUCACCUCACCACUGCCUUUUAAACCCAUCCCCUCCCUUUUCCUUCCUCCGUCCCUCUCUCCCUGAUGUCACCUCGAUUGAUUCCUGAUUCCUGCCAUAACUCUGAGUCCUGAAAUCCUCAAUCUCCUUGGCCGUGAAGAUCGGCUUCGGGGACCGGAAGUCGGCGCAUCUCCAGGUCUCCAUGUGAACACAAUAUAGAGUUUACUGUAAAAGAAAC